AUGAAUCCCAUGAAUGUCAACGCCUCAAUGUCACCAUACACUGAAACAUGCCAUCAAAUAAAGGAACACACUACUGAUGGUCCCCAACUAUUCUCACCCACAGAAAAUGAUCCCCAAGUGUCUCAACAUACAAGAGCAGAUUCCCAAACAAUAUCCAAGCAAGCUAUAUCAGUUUCCCCCAAAAUAAAGCCAAAUGUGAGUGAUACAAAUAUUAGUGUGAGAAAUAACCCCCAAACAAACACAAGUGAAGGUUUUGAUGGCUUUAAUUCUUCAGUUAAUGAACCUUUGACUAAAUGCAUCAAAUCUGAAAAUAAAGAUGAAAAUACUUUCAAUGAAUCAGACAACGAGCCACUUGCUAACCUGCUAUAUCAUGAUAUAGAAUCAACUUUAGAUGACUCUGAUAAUGAUUCAGACUACCGCCCACCAAGGUAUGACUCAUCAGAUUCAUCAUCAAAUUCAUCUGAGCUGAUAGAUGUGGAGCUUUCAGAUGAGGAAAUUGAAGCCUACAAACCUCAUCAUGAACCAAGAACCAAUAUGAAAUGA